UAGAAGUGGCGUUGUCUCUAUGGCUGCGGACGACGCGGAGGUAAUCGUGCUGCUAACAAGAACUUAGCACAGUGCUUCGUUCCCAUGGACUAGGAAUUAUUACAAUAGCGAUUAUUACAGCCAAUUGCAAGUGGGACAAUUGCUAUUUAGUCUGAAGCAGAAGUAAUAUUAAUAUUUUUGGCCCUCAUCGUUAUACGGUACGUGGUUUUAAUUGACGUUAGCUAGUUAGCUAACAUUGCCAGCCUGCGGGACCCCGGGCAGCUCUUUAAUUUAUUUCGCUUUGACCAACACCACAAGAGGAAGGUAGCUCGAUGUAUCGGAAAGAGAAGAGCAUCCAGAUCAAAAACAGCGCCUCGGCGCUGUACAACAACCUCGGCGUGCUGCGCAUCGCCCCCCGGCGCCUCACCUGCUUCACGGCGGUCCAUGCUAACGUGGUCAACAUGGUGAGCGCGUCCUGGGACGGCCUCAACUAUUCCCACCGUCAGCUGCAGUCCAAGGAGCCCAAUGUCGCCACCAGCACGUCCCUCAUCAUGCAGGCUGCUUUUUGUGCUCUGCCCUCUCGUGAUCUACUGGUGGUGACGUCUCAGAAAGGCAUCCAGAUGUAUGAAUCUGAUGGCUCCACCAUGGUGUACUGGCAUGCCCUCGAUACUCCAGAAACAAAUACAGGUCAAGGCAUGUUUGCUCGAGGAAUAUCCGCAGUGUGUGAGAGCUUUAUAUGUGUGGGCGUUUCAACUGGUGCAAUUCUAGUAUUCGAUGUUCCCAGUAAGGGCAGUAAUAUUACCUUGGCUGAUGUCAUUGAGGGGCACAAAGAGUCCAUCACUGACAUGGCCUCAGAAUGCUGUGGUGGUGAGGUGUGCGUAGCGGAUCUUGUCAGUGCAGACGAUGGAGGCAACCUGUGUGUGUGGAAGGCCGGGGAGGAAUUUAGUUUACUCAACCAUAUCCCUGGCUUUGAUAUUAGCUGCUCAUCUGUGAAGUUGUGGAAAGGUACGGCGGUGGCAGGUUACGGCACAGGCCAGAUCCGUCUGUAUGAAGCGGUGACGGGUAUUCUGCAUGCCGAGGUCAACGCUCACGCUCGCUGGAUAUACUCACUGGACGUUGCUCCCUUUUCUGGGCUGCUGCUGUCUGCUGCUGAGGACUCGCUGGUCAGGGUGUGGCUCCUGUCAAUGAGCCCAGAGAGCCACAGCGUGGAGAUUGGCCAUUUGCACAAUGAGUGUGUGACCGACACGCAAAUCUGUGGCGCCAAGUUCUGUGACAGCGACGGUUAUGCCUUUGCAGUGACAGGCUACGACCUGAGUGAGAUUAUCCGUUACACCCAGUCGUAGGACUACUCCUAUCAAUGUAGUAUAUUGGAGUGUUUCUGGAGUCAAAAGAGGCUCUACAAGGAAAGGGGUAUUUGACAAAAUAUUUUUGGGGAGAAUAAUUAUUUAUUUAGAAAUAUACCAAUAAACAGGGCUGUGGGUCAAAAAGGAAGAAGCGACCGGACAGAUUGGGGUCGCCCUUAAGUUUAAAGGGCAUGUAACCUUUAAGGGAACCCUUUAAUAAAGGCGGAUGACAACUAUUUAGGAAACUCCACAAUUUGGUUGCAUUCUAUGUAACUCUAAAACUCCAGCACUCACGUCAAAAUAGCAGAUAAAAACUCCCUUCCUUGUGUUUGUGUAAUUUGUCAAGAUUAUACAAACCUUUAGAGAAAGUAGAAGGAAAAUAUGAUAUGAGGUGUAUUGCUAUUAACACUGAAAUGAGAAAACAGCAAUAUUUAUAUAAUAUAUGGAGACAAAUAUGACGAGUCAGUCGGAUGGCCUCAUGCAUAAUGUUGUGUCUGCAGUGUAGUUUGUGACAGACUUCAAUGUAUAAUUACAUUUUACUUUUUGGUUUGGUUUGGUUUUAACUUUAGUUUUCUUUAUAGCCAAAGAGAUCUACAUCUGAAGCAACGUUUUUACAAAUGUGUCUAUUUUGUAUGUGUUGCCCUUGCUUUCAAAACCUAUUUUUAUUUUCUAGAAAAUUGCUUGAAGCAGAAAGAAGUUUAUUAAAAACAAGAGUAACCUA